AUGUGGUGGUGGAGGAGCCGCAAGUUCCGGCUCAACGUUGACGGUGACGACGUCCAUUGCUUCGUCCACGGGCUCCAUUACUUUGUCCGCGUACAGGUUUGGAGCAGCCGGUCUGGCAAGAAUCCAGGCCGGGAGCGGCGCCGCUGUAGGCAUGACCGGUUCACGCAAAGCACCAGAAGACCAAGCACCGUCGCGACCUUGGGCGCCAUGUCCAAGACGUGGUCCAGGGCGACGAAAACCGUUCCGACGGCCUCCAAACUGGCGAAGAUCGCGGGCAUUGCUGUUGUGGCGGCGAAGUCCGUCAACACCAUGGCAACGACGACGGUUCUAUCAACGUCGACCUCCGUCACGAACAAGGUGCGGGAAGAAGGAUGGGAGACCACGAGUCAUCCUCUUACCUUCUCCUUUCUUCCCUUCUACUUUGCUUUUUUCCCUGCGACUAUCGACGGCGUAAUCUUGCUCUUUCGACAGAGUUGA